CCAUGGCGGCCAGACAGAUCCCGGCGUGGGCACGCGCCGCGCUCAGGACGCAACCGCAAGCAGCUCUGCCUCCGAAACUUCUCUGGGUCCGGGGAGGGUUCCGACGGCACCUCUGCUUAACCCUCUGCUCCGCUUCUAAAGAAGACCGCGGACGCUCCGGGCGCUGCUCGCAAGGCGGACUAGAGGGAGCGGCGAGCAGUCGGGAGAGUGAAGAGUUAACGGCGGCCGAGAGGCGGAUUGCAGACCUGCACGCCGCCGCGUGCGCGGCUGGCCAGCUAAACUACACGGAUCCAGCCACUGGCUAUCUGGUGCUUACACGGCUUGCCCACUUGCAGAGAGGCAAAUGCUGCGGGUCUGCCUGCAGACACGUCAAGAAGCAACCGGAUAGCUCAAUGUUUUCCACUAGAUUUGAAGAUUACCAAGUCCACCUUCUGGGUGGGAGCUGGAUGGUGCUGUCUUCAGCAGUCCCCAGAGGGAGAAGAGAAAGAAAUGGAGCCUGAAAAGGUCAUCUUUCUGAAGAAACAAGAGAAAGAGGAAAGGAAGUUCAUUUUGAAAAGCACCGUGUAAGGCAGUGUUUUGAGAAAGCCCCUUGACAGACGGAAAUAACUUAUGGGAUGUCUCCUUCCUAGAGGCAGCUCUUUCCUCCUCCCCGUGUUCUUCCUACCGUAGGAAACUGGCCCAAGAAAAAGGACUCCGAUGUCCCUCAGGGAUGAUUGUCAUGUGGGACUCUUCCUGGCAGAACUUCAAGCUUGUGGGCAACCAGGAAGGAGUAGCCGUUGGGGAUGGGGGGCGCUCUUACUCUCUCCAGCAUCUGGGGCCGGGUAGCCAAGGUCUGAAGUUCUCCGCUGUGGUUCUAAGGAGAUGCUUGUGAACCACACGUCAGGGGUGGCGGCGGGCGCUGCUCCCACAUUAAACACAAUAUGGCCACAUAAAUGGGCCUCACUGCAAGAGCUCCAAGCUAUAUUGUAUUCACACAUUGUAAAGUAAAAAUUCAGGUUUCUUAUUGGGUGUGUGUAUACAAACACAUGUGGAUGCUGAGAAAUAGAAACUUCCCAGUUUAAGUCAACCCUGGCACUGCUCCACUUUCAUGGUUUCUGGAGACUCCUAUCAUAAGUCACCAUAAGUCAAGGGGAAUUAAUUUCUAGAUUGUUUCCAACAUAG